AUGUGGCGCGCGCUGCGCGUUGCCUCCGCGCUGCGCGGCCCGGCGGCAGCUCCAUCCUCCUCGGCCUGCCCGUCGCCUGCCGCCAUGGAGCGGGCCGUGGUGCGCUGCGUGCCGUCCGAGCCCAAGCUGAGCCUGCAGUUCGUGCUGCCUGACGGCAGCGCCAAGCACAUGCAGCGCGACCAGGCGGAGCCGCUGGGCCGCGCGCUCGCGCGCAUCGCCACCAACGCCGCCAAGGGCCGCGUCAGGAAGGGCAAGAAGGCGCGGGCGGCGGGCGAGGCRGAGGACGCGGCGGCGCUGCCCGCCGUGCGCCUCUUCUCGCGCGACGGGCAGGCGGUGGGCGCGGAGGUGCCCAACGCGGCGGCGUGGCAGGAGGGCGCCGUGCUGCACAUCGGCGAGGCGCGCUACCGCGUGGAGCGCAACCCGCCCGCGCUCACCGAGCUGCGCCUGCCGCGCUCGCUGCUCGCCGGCUUCCCCGUGUGCCCCAAGCUGAGCGCCGAGUUCGCGGCGCCGCAGCACUGCCUCUUCCGCUGGUUCCGCGAGCAGCGCAGCGGCGGCGGCGGCUGGGUGGAGGAGGAGGCGGCGGCCGGGCGCGUCUUCACGCCGGACAACGCGCUGGUCGGGCUGCGGCUCAAGCUGCGCUGCACGCCUGGCGACGCCGCGCAGCGCUACGGGCUGCCCUGCGAGGUGGAGAGCAGCGGGCCCGUGGAGGCCGGGCCCGGCGCCUGCACCUUCGACGCGCGGCACCUCUACACAGGCCGCGCGUGCGGCGCCGGCCGCCUCCGUGCCGUCACCUACAACAUCCUGGCGGACACGUACGCGCAGACCGAGUUCUCGCGCACCGUGCUCUACCCAUACUGCGCGCCCUACGCCCUCGAGCUCGACUACCGCCAGAACCUGCUCAAGAAGGAGCUGGCGGGCUACAGCGCUGACCUCGUAUGCCUGCAGGAGGUGGACAAGGGCGCCUUCGCCGACAGCCUGGCCCCAGCUCUGGACGCUUUUGGCCUCGAGGGGCUCUUCAAGAUCAAAGAGAAGCAACACGAGGGUCUGGCCACCUUCUUCCGCCGGGACAAGCUCAGCCUCCUCAGCCGGCACGACAUCGCCUUUAGCGAGGCCCUGCUCGUCGACCCGGUGCACGCGGCGCUGCGGGAGAAGCUGGCCGCGUACCCGGCCGUGCAGGAGAAGGUGCUGCAGAGAUCAUCCGUGCUGCAGGUUUCAGUUUUUCAGUCUGCAACUGAUCCUUCCAGGAAGAUUUGUGUGGCUAAUACUCAUCUGUACUGGCAUCCAAAAGGUGGGAACAUCCGUCUCAUCCAAAUCGCUAUAGCCUUGUCUCACAUCAAGCACGUAGCGUGUGAUUUAUAUCCUAGCAUCCCAAUCAUUUUCUGUGGGGAUUUUAACAGUACACCAUCAUCUGGGACUUACCGCUUCAUUAGCGGUGGCAGUGUUGCUGAAGAUGAUGAAGACUGGGUCUCUAACGGAGAAGAAGAAAGGUGCAACAUGCCCUUAAGUCAUCCUUUCAAACUGCUAAGUGCUUGUGGAGAACCUGCUUAUACAAACUAUGUUGGUGGGUUUCAUGGGUGUCUGGACUACAUUUUCAUUGACAAAAAUGCUCUUGAGGUUGAACAGGUCAUUCCAUUGCCAAGUCAUGAAGAAGUAACAACUCAUGAAGCUUUGCCCAGUGUUGCACAUCCCUCUGAUCAUAUAGCACUAAUAUGUGACUUAAAGUGGAAAUAAAUCCGCAUUUGCGUGGUGCUUUUGAGUUUUCAAACAAGAAGUCAAUUCCCUGUUGUGGAAGUCAAGUUGAACCCUAGUUUACAUGUUACUAAAGAAGCGAAUUAGAAUUAUUACCAAAAAGUUCACMUGCUUAUUGAUUCUACUGCCAAUUAUCUGACUAUUCUAAUAUUAACAUGACAACUUUCUUUCCCUUUUUUAUAUGCUAAUAGAAAAUACAAAUAAUUUAAAGUUUUGAACAUUGGAAUAUCAUCUACCUUUUAUAGAUUUUUUUUAAAAAGGAUUAGGAAURCUUUUGCUAAGAAGGAUAUAUGAAUCCAAUUUGAUUUAUUACUGCAAGCUGAACCCUGUUCAAUUUGGAACAAAAUGCAAAACUGAAAAUCAAAUCUUUCAAAUAACUUUAGGUCUAUAAAGAGUCUUGUUCAUUUAUCAUUACUAUAUCUAGAAUUUUAGUAAGUAGCACGAUCAACUAACUUGUACUUACUACUUUUGGAAGAGAUGCUUUYUAAUUAUCAUUCAAUAGAGGUGUUUAGCAAAAUCAAAUGCCUUAAUUUCAAGAUUAUAAAGGAUUGGGAAAUAUCUUUCUUGCCCGUUUAAUAUACCUGAGGGUAAUUUUAGCACUGGUUAAAAAUUGAUUUCAAAUACAAACUACAUCUACUUCAAGUACCUGUUCCUGGUGUUUUCUAGUCAUGUCGUUACUUUCUCUCAAUGGAGGGAAGGGGUAUGAAUCCGUAACAAGCCUCUUUUCCUAUAUUAUUAGUCCCUCUACAACUAAGACAGUGUUUGAAAACACUAAGUUAUGCCUCUUUGACCUAAUAAACUUYCACUUUCAAUUCUC